AUGCAGCUCCCGGAGCCCCUGACAGGGAAAAUCUGGACACUGGAUGACUUCGAGGGCAGCCCUGCUUUGCUGGUUAUGUUCAUAUGCAAUCACUGUCCGUUUGUAAAACAUCUUAAAAAGGAUAUUGCAACGCUCACUUCAUUCUACAAGGAGGAUGGUCCUGAAUACAUGGCUGAGGAGGCAAAAUUGUUGAAGUACUCUUUUCCUUAUUUGUAUGAUGAGUCUCAAGAAGUUGCCAAAGCAUUUCGAGCAGUCUGCACACCAGAGUUCUACUUGUUCAAAAAGGAUGAGCAAAGGCAAUUUGAACUCUUUUAUCACGGCCAGUUUGAUGAUUCAGGACCCAGAAACAAUGUGCCAGUCACUGGAAGGGAUUUAAGCCAUGCAAUUGACUGUGUACUUAAUGGCGAAGAAUUGCCUUUCUACCAAAAACGAAGUGUCGGGUGCAGCAUCAAGUGGCAUGAGUGA